CGGUAGAAAUUGGAUACCUCAGAAAAAUAAAACAGAAUUCGAUGUGGUAUUACGUAAAAUUUAGCGAUGGCGCCAGAAUAUAGAAAAUAAUUGAGUUUUGAAGAGAAUGAGGCGUUGUGAAGAAGCAGGUUGCACCAGCAAGCACAGAGGGUGUUGAAACGGUCACUGCCACUGCACAAUAGGUCGAUUAAUUUACAAUUAUAGUAUUUGAAAUGGUAAUAGGAAUUGGGUGUUUAAUUGUAUUGGAUUACAUAGAUUCCACGUCAACACAAUUCAACACAUCACAACCGUGAUGCCAACUGUGAUGCCACUGCCAUGGUUGAGUUGAGCUAAGACUAAAUCAAACCGAACCGAAUCGCGUAUACAGUUCUCUGUCUUUCUCUCAUGGCGGAAUCGAUUGAGCUUCCGAGUCGGUUAGCAAUCCUUCCUUUCAGGAACAAAGUCCUUUUGCCUGGCGCCAUCAUCCGAAUUCGUUGCACUUCUCCAACCAGUGUGAAGUUGGUGGAGCAAGAACUUUGGCAGCGAGAAGAGAAGGGAUUGAUUGGCAUCUUACCGGUACGUGAUGCUUCUGAAGUUAAGCCAGAGGAUCCGGUUAUACCUCAAGGGUUAGGUAUUGAUUCUCUAGACAAAAACUCAAAUGUACAAGGCGGUUCGCCAAAUUCUCAUAAGCUUGAUGCGAAAAAUCAGUAUGUUGUUCAUUGGCAUAAGAGGGGAGUAGCUGCUCGAGCACUUCACUUAUCUAGGGGAGUGGAGAAACCAAGUGGAAGAGUCACGUAUAUUGUUGUUCUUGAAGGUCUUUGCAGGUUUAGUGUCCAGGAACUAAGCAUGAGAGGAACAUACCAUACUGCAAGGAUCUCAUCCCUAGAGACGACCAAGACUGAGAUGGAACAGGUGGAGCAAGACCCGGAUUUUAUAAUGUUAUCUCGCCAAUUUAAAGCAACAUCCAUGGAGCUUAUUUCUGUUCUGGAGCAGAAACAAAAAACUGGUGGAAGGACAAAAUUUCUUUUGGAAACAGUUCCUGUGCACAAGUUGGCUGAUAUAUUUGUUGGUAGCUUUGAGAUAAGUUUUGAAGAACAGCUAUCAAUGUUGGAUUCGGUUGACCCUAAACUGAGGCUUUCAAAAGCGACAGAAUUGGUUGAUAGGCACUUACAGUCAAUACGUGUAGCAGAGAAAAUUACACAAAAGGUUGAAGGACAAUUGUCAAAAUCACAAAAAGAAUUUCUUCUUCGACAGCAGAUGAGGGCUAUAAAAGAGGAGCUUGGUGAUAAUGAUGAUGAUGAAGAUGACCUUGCUGCUCUGGAAAGAAAAAUGCAAAGUGCAGGAAUGCCACAGAAUAUCUGGAAGCAUGCUCUCAGAGAGUUAAGGAGACUUAAAAAAAUGCAGCCUCAGCAGCCUGGGUAUAACAGUUCACGGGCUUAUCUGGAUCUUCUUGCUGAUUUGCCAUGGCAGAAUACCAGCAAAGAGCUUGAACUGGACUUAAGAGCUGCACAGGAGCGGCUGGACAGUGAUCACUAUGGUUUAGUGAAGGUCAAGCAACGGAUAAUUGAAUACUUGGUUGUUCGCAAGCUUAAGCCAGAUGCAAGGGGUCCAAUAUUGUGCUUUGUUGGACCACCUGGUGUUGGGAAGACAUCAUUGGCAUCUUCUAUUGCUGCUGCUCUAGGCCGAAAAUUUGUGCGCAUAUCCCUUGGUGGAGUCAAGGAUGAGGCCGAUAUUAGAGGACACAGGAGAACAUACAUUGGAAGCAUGCCUGGGAGGCUUAUAGAUGGACUGAAGAGAGUAGCGGUUUGCAAUCCUGUCAUGUUGCUUGAUGAAAUUGACAAGACGGGGUCUGAUGUUCGUGGAGAUCCAGCUUCUGCAUUGCUGGAGGUUCUUGAUCCCAAACAAAACAAAACAUUCAAUGAUCAUUAUUUGAAUGUUCCAUUUGAUCUAUCCAAGGUAAUUUUUGUGGCUACAGCAAAUAGAGCACAACCUAUUCCUCCACCUCUCCUUGAUAGGAUGGAGGUCAUUGAGCUUCCUGGAUAUACACAUGAGGAAAAGCUCAAAAUAGCCGUGCAGCAUUUGAUUCCAAGAGUUUUGGAUCAGCAUGGUUUGAAUUCUGAGUUUCUUCAGAUUCCAGAGCAACUGAAGUAUAAUCUUUAACAAUAUACCAGGGAAGCUGGUGUACGCAAUUUGGAAAGGAAUCUUGCUGCCCUGGCUCGUGCUGCUGCAGUAAGAGUUGCAGAGCAAGAACACGUAGUUCCAUUAAGCAAAGGGGUAGAGGAACUUUCUACCCCACUUCUGGAAAACAAACUAGCUGAUGCUGCUGAAGUUGAAAUGGAAGUGAUACCCAUGGGUGUCAACAAUAGUGACAUUUCAAACACAUUCAGGAUCAUCUCGCCAUUAGUUGUUGAUGAAGUUAUGCUUGAAAAAGUUCUAGGGCCUCCAAAGUUUGACGGAAGAGAAGCAGCAGAUCGUGUUGCUACCCCUGGGGCAUCUGUUGGGUUGGUUUGGACUACUUUUGGUGGAGAAGUUCAGUUUGUGGAGGCUACGACAAUGGUUGGCAAGGGUGAAUUGCAUCUUACUGUGCUGGGUGAUGUGAUCAAAGAAUCAGCUCAGAUAGCACUAACAUGGGUAAGGGCAAGAGCUGCUGAGCUAAGGCUAGCUGCUGCAGAGGGCAUUAAUCUGUUGGAGGGCCGAGAUAUACACAUACAUUUUCCUGCAGGUGCUGUACCAAAAGAUGGGCCUUCAGCUGGAGUAACUUUGGUAACAGCAUUGGUAUCAGUUUUCAGUCAGAAAAGAGUUAGAUCAGAUACUGCUAUGACUGGGGAGAUGACGUUGAGAGGUCUUGUACUACCUGUUGGUGGUAUCAAGGAUAAGAUAUUAGCUGCACAUCGAUAUGGCAUUAAGAGAGUCAUCCUGCCUGAAAGGAACGUGAAGGACUUGGCUGAAGUACCAUCAUCAGUACUGGCUAAUUUGGAGAUAUUGCUUGCAAAACGUAUGGAAGAGGUGCUAGAACAUGCUUUUGACGGUGGGUGCCCUUGGAGACAACGAUCAAAGUUGUAACAGCACGUUAGGUGGCAAUCCCUGGUAUAUAUUGUAACAUCUGACCCAUCCUCAUAUAUAAUUGUUGCAACAUUGGAGGCUGAACACUUGUCUGCCCAACUGUUCGUUAUUGAGCACAACACAAGAAGCCGACAGUUAUUGAAGGGAGUUGAAAUCUGUAUUAUUAUUGAGACUCCACUCUCCACAAUCUUCAGUAAGUAAUUUUUUAGCUUUCGACCUGCUGUACUUGAUCAAACUCAGCAGUAAAUGGUAUUGGAUGAUUUUAAAAUAAAUGGAUGAGAAUUUUUUUCUA